AUGUAUCGGGAAACUAAAAUGCUUCCUCCUCCUCUCCCGCCUUGAAAAGGCCAGGUCAUGGGUCUCCCUCAGAAAACACAAUAAUCAAAAACAAAAAAGGCUCUGACGUUUCCUAAAUUAAAAAAAAGACCCGCCGUACAAUAACGCCAUUGUAGUAGUCGUAGCAACCAGGCUAGCCCCAGCAAAUGCUACUAGUAUAUCUCUUUGAUUCUCUUCUGUUGAAAAAGAUAGCUCCAAGAUUUUGUUUUCUCUCUCUCUCUCUCUCUCUCUCUCUCUCUCUCUCUCCUUUCCCUUUUCAUGUCAUCUUCUGAAAUGAACUAGACUAGUAAUCUCUCCCUUCUCCUUCCCCAUUUCAUGUCAUCUUCUGAAAUGGACUGGACUAGUAAUCUCUCUGCUGUUUGUAUACCUGCAUGUAUAUUCUAAUUCAGAGAGAGAGAGAGAGAGAGAGGGGAUAAGGGGAGAUGCAGAGCUUCAAAGCAAUAGCAGCUAACUCCGAUAUGUACUGCCACUCCCCCUUCUACCUAAGAGCUGAUGAAAGCAUUAGAAACCAGACGCGUUUCGCGGAUCUUGGGGAGCUUGAACAAUCCGCCGCUGGGUUUCAUCACGACACCAAUGCUGUUGAUUUAAGCCGAAGCUCCAUUUACAACAACCUGCAUUUCGGAGGCCUCCCUGCGGAGCUGGGUACGGCAGGAACAGAGGUGGAAACAGGGCAGCAAUACAUGUUGCACAAGGGGACUACGGUGGUGAUGGGUGGUGGGUCUAUGGGAAAUGGGAAUUUUGAAAAUUGGGGAGAUUCUGCAAUGGCGGAAAAUAGCCAACGGACUGACUCUUCCACAGACGUUGACACUGACGAUAAAAACCUGUCUCGUGGAGUUCAGGAUGGAGCACUUGUUGUGGUGGAUUCAAUGGAUCAGUCCAAGGGUGGAACAGGAGACCAGAAGCAGACACUUCGUAGACUGGCGCAGAAUCGUGAAGCUGCUCGAAAAAGUCGAUUAAGGAAGAAAGCCUAUGUUCAACAGCUGGAGAAUAGUCGGUUAAAGCUCACUCAACUGGAGCAGGAGCUUCAACGAGCACGACAACAGGGUAUUUUCAUUGCCACCGGAUCGUCUGGAGAUCAGAGUCUCUCAAUAGGCAGCAAUGGUGCCUUGGCAUUUGACAUUGAUUAUGCCCGCUGGCUUGAUGAACAUCAACGCCUGAUCAAUGAUCUGAGAUCAGCUGUAAAUUCUCACAUGGGUGACAAUGAUCUGCGCGUUCUUGUUGAUGCAGUCAUGUCCCAUUAUGACGAAAUAUUUAGACUGAAGGGUGUUGGUGCAAAAUCCGAUGUUUUCCACAUGCUUUCUGGUAUGUGGAAAACUCCGGCAGAGAGGUGCUUCUUGUGGCUCGGUGGAUUUCGUUCAUCUGAACUUCUCAAGAUUCUUGGGAACCAUCUUGAGCCUCUAACGGAUCAACAACUGAUGGGCAUAUGUAAUCUGCAGCAAUCUUCCCAACAAGCAGAGGAUGCCUUGUCUCAAGGGAUGGAAGCUCUACAACAGUCCCUUGUUGAGACAUUAUCCUCCAACUGUUUGGGCCCUACUGGAUCUGGAAAUGUAGCUGACUACAUGGGACAAAUGGCAAUUGCAAUGGGCAAGCUCGCCACGCUUGAGAACUUCCUUCAUCAGGCUGACCUUUUGAGGCAACAAACAUUGCAACAAAUGCAUCGGAUUUUGACCACCCGUCAAGCAGCUCGAGCACUAUUAGUCAUCAGUGAUUACAUGUCACGCUUACGAGCCCUCAGUUCGUUAUGGUUGGCGCGCCCCAAGGACUGAGAACUCUCUAUUUUCUGGGUGCAUUUGGAUGCAAUCGCCGGUUUCAAUAAAACCAAUUGCUUAGUUCGUGUCUACCCUCAAUACAUCGAAAGCAAAUGCAUUUGAAGAUAUGGAAUCACCACAGGGACUGUGGCGAGAUAAGAUCUGUUUUUUCCCCAAGUGUUGUAGUGUUAAGUUGAUAUAGGUAAGAAAUUUGAGGUUAUCGGGAAUGAUCCUUUUCUUAGUGUUUGAAGUUUCGAGCUAUUUCUAAUGUAUUAACUCAAGUCAUGUUGUAAGUAAGGGAUGUUUCUAAUGUAUUAACUGCAAGGGGCGACUGUUCACGAAUGCAAUAGUUGCUAUAUUUUGACACUGCUAUGGUUCAAUAUUCAUCCUUUCUGUUCCUUAUUA